GCGUCGCGGUAGCCGGUUACCAGUUCGCACGAAGCGUUGACGUUUCUGCGGCAAGAUCCAGUUUCCUUUAAGCCGCUCUCGCGCGUUUGUCUGUUCUCGUCGCGUCGUGCGUCCUACCGAUUAUUAUUUUCUCCUCCUCCCCCCUUCCCCGUCCGCGUGCACGAGAGAUCGUCGGUACGGUGCUAGAGGUAUCGCGGGCGGUAUAUACACAGCACGCUCGUGUCGUCGUCGUCGUCGUUGCCGUCAUUGUCGCCGUCACCGUCGUCGUCGUCAUUGUCGUCGUUGUUGCUGUCGCCGUCGUGCAGCGCCGAGUGCUUCGUUUCAAACGCAUCGCCCGGUGUACAACAGAGGAUGGCAUUCAACGGAGACGGUCCGCAUACAAAGAGGCAGCGGCUCGAGGAAUCUGGACACAGGAAUCACGAAUAUGGCGGGUACGGAGAUGAGCCACGUCGAAAAAGAGAAGACAAUAAUAAACCGAACCACGUCCUCCUCUUCACAAUAAUCAACCCAGUAUACCCCAUCACUGUGGAAGUGUUACACACGAUCAGCACGCCCAGCGGGCAGGUUCAACGCAUCGUAAUCUUUAAGAAAAAUGGUGUGCAGGCUAUGGUUGAGUUCGACACGGUGGAAUCAGCAACCAGAGCAAAGGAAACGCUACAUGGGGCAGACAUAUAUUCUGGCUGCUGCACACUAAAAAUCGACUUCGCAAAGCCGACGAAGCUUAACGUCUACAAGAACGAUGCAGAGAGCUGGGACUACACAACGCCGACGCUGGGCUCGAGCACACAUAAAAACGACGCGACAGGAAAUGGAAGACCGGCUCCCCUUUUGGCCGAGCCAAGAUACGGCGCCGCGCCCCAGCCGUACGGCUCCACGCCGCAGGUCACCUUCCCGCCGGGCGCCGGUCACGAUCGUUACGAGGAGAACUUCAACGGGCCGGCGACAUACGCGGAACCGUACGUCGAGCGCUACGGCAUCAAGAGCGAUUUCAGCGGCCGCGAGCCGUUACAUCCCACGCCACCUCGACCGGGUUACGUGCCUACCCUGGGCCAAACGCCACCCUCCAGCACGCAGGGCUCGGUCAUGAUGGUAUACGGACUACAGCCGGACAAAGUCAAUACUGACAAGCUCUUCAACCUGUUCUGCUUGUACGGCAACGUGACGAAGGUUAAAUUCUUGAAAACAAAGGAAGGCUGCGCAAUGAUACAGAUGGGAGACAGCAUAGCCGUGGAACGAUGUCUGCAGAAUCUGAACAACGUCACGAUCGGAACGGACGGCAGACUGCAGCUCGGCUUCUCGAAGCAGGCCUUCCUUUCGGACGUAACCAACCCUUACAUUCUACCAGACAAGACAGCGAGCUUCAAGGACUUCACGGGAAGUAAGAAUAACAGAUUCCUGAACCCCGCGAUGGCCAAUAAGAACAGGAUACAACCACCGUCGAAGAUAGUCCACUUCUUCAACACCCCGCCAGAUCUGACCGAGGAGACGGUGAAUCGCGUGUUCGUGGAGCGCGGCAUCGAGGCACCGACGACGAUCAAGCUGUUCCCUCUCAAGUCCGAACGAUCGUCCUCUGGCCUGAUCGAAUUCAGCAGCGUCGGUAUCGCGGUGGCCGCUAUCAUGGAGUGCAAUCACACGGCGCUCGAGAACAGCAACGGCAAGUUCCCCUACAUCAUGAAGCUCUGUUUCUCGUCGUCGCGCACCAUACCCACGAGCUUCCCGCCCAGCAGCGGCAGCGGGUCGAGCAAUUCCGCUGGUAAUGGCCACGUCAAAAUGCAGCAGGACUCGGAAUAGAACGGCGAGGUCCAGGGCCAGCAGCGUCAGCGUCAGCGCCAGCGCCCCUCACUCGCCGCCCUGCACCCGUUGUGUGCCCCCGCGACGGCGGGCACGGCCCUGCACCCCGCAGCCGCAGCGAUAACGCUGUCCCCAGUCCUACCGCCGCCGCCACCAGUACCGCCACCCCUGCCGCCACCCACUUGUCUCCUGAUAGCCACCCCGACCCUCUAUCCGACCGUGCCACCACCGCCCCCGCCCCCGUUGCCAACCUUCUGGCCCUACUGAUAUGGCGGGCCCGUCACGACACGUCGGAUGGGUGAGACGAACGCACGCGAGAUCCGAGGCCGAGGAUGGACUCUCCGUGGACGAGAAAAAUGCUACCCGGGACAGGUAGUAGCCGCAGUGAAGGAGAAACGUUACGACCGUGUCGCGACCGUGUUUAUUUUCGAUCGAACGCGACAGACAGACAGAGAGACGACCGGUCGGUUUUCCGCAACUGUCCGUCGAGGUCUCGCCGGGUUCGCGAAAGGGUCGCGUGUAUUCUUGGACGCGUCUCUCUCUCUCUCGGAGUCAUCUUCAUCCAACCCGUCGCGGUCGAAGGCUUGGAAGUUUUCGACGGUACGGGUGUGUAACUCGACGCCUAAUAGUACCGUGUUCCGCUAGAGACACGUUGUCAACGCGGAUCGGACACGGAACUCUGCGCGUACGACGAGAGGUGGGAUAUAAGUGCAACGACACGUCGCCGUCGCCGUCGCCGUCGCCGUCGCCGUCGUUGGAGGGAACGUCGUCGCGGCAAAGUAGCGUCGGCGUGUGCUGUUCGAGUCACACAGGGAAUCCUUCGCGGCCGGCUGGUCACGAUUUUCGCGGUGUCUCGCGCGGGGUAAGGCGAGACGUACGACACGCCGCGUUCCAAUUUUGGAGACCUCUGUAAAUAGCUCGGAGACCAGCGGCCUCCGCUACGCGCAUACAUAUCAAAGGGCUUGGAAGUAAAUCGGUACGUUUCGCGAGGAACCAUGCACGCGAUUUUCGUAAAAAAUUUGUCGUUCGACGAAUCGGCGCGUCAGUGUGGUUAAAGAAUUUUUUUGAAAAAAAAAAAAAAAUUGAGGACCGUCCCGAGGAAGGUUGUGUGUCUGUGAAUCGCCUCACGAGAGAGAAACGGUUUGGAUGAAAACGGUCUAAAGGGAAUAGAAACUUGUUGGUCGAGAGAAAACGAUACCACUCCAUUAGUUAAGGGGAGAGAGAUUGAAGGAGAGAUGGAAGGCUCGAGGAUAUUGAAGCUGUCUCGGGGAAAGAGGCAAUGCCUUCGCGGGAAGUUUAGCUCCUUCGGAAGAGAAAUCGUUCGGAGAAGUUUGAAGACAUCUCCCGGAAGAGAGUUAAAAAUACGAUCUAUCGGAAGAGGAAUGGUCGAGAGAUGAUAGAGCCUUCGCGGAAUGAAAGAGGAAUCUGUUUUCUGAUGGCCGUCAGAAAGGUACCAUGCACCAGUAGAUCUCUUUGGUGAUAGUGAAAUCGAGGACGGUCCGACUUGUUUGGUGCGGGUAGAAUCGCCCGAGGAGGAUCGAACCUCUCAGAAGAAGGGGCAGCUGAGAAGAUCGAGGAAAUCCUCUCGGAAGAGCGCGAUUCGAGAAAACUGGAAGCCGUGCCGAGUGCGAAAAGUGCGGAAUCCCUCGUGAUUACUCGCGAAGCAGACAGGUGGGCGCUGCUUCCGCGAAGUCCGGACAUAUAUAUGGCGUCGCGACCGCGAGACGAGACGCUAUCUCGUUCGUUCGCUCGCGUCUCACGCGUCGACUCACCCAAAACUCACGGCGUCGUUCGCGCGCGCGCCCGCGCGCCCGCGCCAACGAUGCCACGACAUUUGUUCUGAAGCCGAGCCACGCGCUCCUCGACGACCAUACUCUGUGGGAUCCAAUAAACGAAGAACCGGAGAUUUCUCAGCGACCACUUAUUAAAAAAAUGGGAAUAGAAUUUUAGGGGUGCUCAGAGGAAUGAUCUGAAUCAAUCGUGAUCCAAAUACUGAGCGGCCUGCGAGAACGCAGCCAACUCCGCUUUGAGUGUCACACUGAUAACGCGCUGCUCCAUCGUCGUGAUGAGCUCGGCCCGCGGCGAGCAUCGCGCGGCAAUGUUCUCCUCACCUACUGUUUAUCUGUAUAUCCGUUUUUUAAUCUUUAUAUUUUAACACUCAUCCGGAUAACCUGAUUUUAUAAUGCAAAUAACUAUUUUCUAUCAAAACUCUUUGACAAACGUAGCGAUAUUUCAAAUGACCAAAAGGUUGCUGCAACAACAUUGUAAUUCACAUAGAGCAACUUUUGCACGCAGUUCUUCUCUACGGUUUACAAACUUAUUCCUUAAACUAUUAUCGCUAAGGAAGACGAGGAUUUUUAAUUGGGGCCAUAAUCGAAUUUAUAAACAAAUUUAAGCUAAGAUUUACAUUGCUUUUGCUUUUGUGGUUUACAUGUUAUUGCACCAGGCGGUUGUUUAAAUCAUCAAAUCUAAUCGGAAAUAUUAUUUUGAUUAUAAUGUAAACGUAACUUGCUGCGAUUCAAAAUAAGAAAAUCAGAAGGAAAACGAAUAAUUUAUCAAUUAUAUUUAUCAAUAAUUGUUACGUAAAAUAAUAUCUAUUUAAUAAGUGCAUUCUUAUAUUCUUUUGACUUAAUUUAAACUUUGUUGCGUUAUAGCUUUAGAUCUUUAUAAUUUGACAUAAGAAAAAAUAAAGCAUCGCCAUUUUUUUAAACGACACUUUUAAUUGAGAAAACGAGCCAAUGAUUUUCUUCGCAGAAAAAAAAACAAGUUUUAUUCGUAAGAAUGAAAUUCUGUCGAUUCCGGUUACCCGGAUAAGAGUUAAUCCCUAAGAGCGAACGUGAUUGUUCAUCAGUGAUUUUUUACGCCGGGCGGCAACGCGAAAGUCUCUGGACUGCCUCCUUGGUUAGGUCGCGCGGAGCUUCUCGCGGGUCCUAAACGUUGCUCCAUAACGUUAACAAUAAAGUCGUCUAGACUGCUACCAAUUAAGAGGAUUAAAUCCACUAUCCUCAAUCACACCUCCGCUUCUCCAAUCGAAUCCAAACGAAGGAAUCCCCGGCUCACCCCCCUUCCCUCCAUCCUUCACUUGAAGCUGUAGUGUUCAGGUUGCGACGAGACGACACGUAUCGGUGCUCGCACGCUCGAAUGAGCGUGCCGCGUGGCACUUGUACACUUUUGAUCAGAUCGCGGAUGCGAAUUGAGAAUUUUAUAUUAUCGAAGCAAAAAAAAAAGAAUAAAAAAACACGUACACACGAUAAUAAAAGAGAACAAUGAAGUCGACGACACAACACACAAUAUAUUAGUGUCCCUCGGUAAUAUUUUGUCGGGCCGAGGGGCGUUUUUAUAAGAAUGGUUUUAGAUCUCCGAACAAAUUUUGCGAAGCGAACCAAACGACUACUACUAAACUAAAAUAAAUAAAUAGACUCUUUGACUUCUCGGCCAUACGUAACGUAAGAUAAUAAGGGCCGAAACGCGCGCGCCCUUGAGAGAUGCGUGAAUAUCAACCCGCCGUUUUGUCCAUUGUCCGUGAGAGAGAGAGAGAGAGAGAGAGAGAGAGAGAAAGAGCGAGAGGGAGCGAAAGAGUGGGAGAGAUAGAGAAAGAAAGAGAGACCUAAUGCAAAUGAGAUAUAAUUUAAAUAAGGAUAUAAAGUUUAUAUUCGAGGCAAUAUUUGUUACAAUACGACAUUAGGGAAUAAGUUGUGUGUACCGUUAAAAAAAAAAAAAAAAAACAGGGGCUUCGGCCGUGCAAAUGCGCGCGGGGACGAUCCUCCGCGAUGAUUUUCGCUGACGGCGAAGAGGACACUGAAACUGUUGUCGAUCAUACAAGAGACGACGUAUCGACGCGGGGAGAAACGCGUGAAUGCGAGAGCAAAAGGAAUAAAGAGAACAAACAAGAGGUACUAAGCUAAAGCGACGCGCGUCAGUUCACCGCGCGUCGCGUCCGUCGUUUCGUUAUCACUUGGACUCACAGUUGCGUUCGCGUUUCAACGAUAUAUAUAUAUAUAUAUAUAUAUAUAUAUAUAUAUAUAUAUAUAUAUAUAUAUACAUACACAUACAUAUAUAUAUAUUAUUUUAUCACGGGGAUCCCCGGAGAUAAUACCUAUUCCUUUCCGGGGUAAAGCGAAAAGUUGUUUUACAUCACAUUCUUCUAUUUUUAUUAUUAAUAUUAUUCUGUAAUUAUGUGUAAAAUUUAAGUCGCCCGUAGAAAGUACACAUCACGUUUUAUCCGAGAAGCCCUUCUCUCGAAGUUUUGAUUUAGUAAAACAGGACCUAAGGCGUUAGUCUCUAAGCAGUUUAGGACGUGUAACCAUAUCACAUACAAUUUUGUAGAUAAAUAUAUAAAAUACAUAUACAUAUAUAUAUUUAUGUGAUGCGGAGCAUGGCGUUUAAAUCAAGAGUGUAUGUCGCUGCGUGCUCGAUACUCACUCGAUGGAUGAAUAUUCGAGAUGAGAUAUCAUCCUGUCAUGUAAUUUCUCAAAAUCGCUUUUGCGAGUAAGAAAUUCAUUCUAUUCUAAUUUCAGACAUUUUGAGCAAUGUAAAUUUCCUUCGAGUUUUAUUUCUUAAAAGAAUUUUGUCUUACUCACAUUACUCGGAAAAAAUUAAGCAAUUAUUUUUAUUCAUUCAUUACUAUUCGCGCGAACAAGCCAUGCUUUUCUCUUAUUUCAUGCAAUAUUCAAAAAUUUUUCGUGUAAUUUUCAUUAAUAGACGUUUCAUUACUUUUACUUGCUUUUUUUGACAUUUGACAUGGAUUUAUUUUUUUAAAAAAAUACAAUAAAUUGGUAGAAAAAGAAGAAAGAAAAAGAGAUUACAAGAGCAAUCAGAUUUUUUUCCAAUAGAUUAAAUAGAUUUGUUUCCACAGAAAGUUCGCUCUGUUUUUUUUUUAUACGAGAAAGAGAAAGAAACGCAUUUUCGAUUUCGAGGAAUUACGUAGCAGCUGUGUAUCAUUUUCUGCGGCAUCUCGACGGAGCGACAUUCUCUUACGAUGAGAAUCCCGUUGCAAGUUUAACGGGUGCGUCGUAAGAGAAGAUCGCGCGCUAAAUCGAGGGAUCGAGCACGCAUAAUCAGACUGUCGCUUAUUUUCUGACACUUUACCCGCGCGCUAAAACUCCGGUAAAGUAAGAAACGUACGUAGAACGUAUUUACAACGAACGCUCGCUUAACACGCUCGUCCCGGUCGCCGCAUUUUCGAUCCGGCGCGAAAACGCGCAAACGGGAUUUGGAGUCCCCCCCUCUCCUCCCGUCCUCCCCCCACGUUCGACGACCUUUAUAUUUAACCCUUUUCCACGUGUGUGCCAAAGGUAAUUAGAACAUUAAAAUAAAAAGGAAAAAAAAAGAAAAAUCGAGAACCGAAUUCUAGACGUUGUAGAUGAGGCUGAUGUCCGCGUCAAACGCGGACUGUAAAAUUAGUCCGGAAAAGAAGAUGAAAGCGAGGAUAUUUAGGCAGUUUCUUAGUCCGCGGAAAAUUCCCUAAAAAUAGCCGCUUGAUGCGAUAGAGAUUGAUUGGCCGGGUGGAAGGGGGUUAAAUCUAAACAGAUACAUAACACAUAAAAGUAAACGAAUAUAUUAUAUAUACAUAUAUCAUUUCGAGUACUGUGCAUCAGAAGAUGACGAGCCUCGCGUGAAAAGGGGGGGGGGUGGGGGCGAGAAGCUCACGGCUUGCAUAUCAACCCUCGACCGGAGCACCUACGACGGUGUAAGAGAACUGACGCCGCAGAAUCCCCAGGAGAUCGUAUCGAUCGUAUCGUAAUUGCGCGCCGUAUCGAAGGAGUUACGAUCGGGGAAACGACGACAGAUGUGCCCGUGAACGGCGACACCAUGAAGAUAUUUGGUCGUUCUGUAACGUGUUACUCCCCCGAACUUGCAUUUUCGCGUAGUCACCAUCGAGAAAUUUAAUCUUGCUGAUGAAACAGGAUGUAAAUUUGUUUAUAACGUUUACUUUAAAAAGGAAAAGAAAAAAAAGCAUUGUUCUAGGGACACAUCUGAUUGUUCGGAGCGAGAAACAAGGUCACAAGAAAUUACAGUCGAGGGCGUAACGUUCUAGAUGUAAUCCUCGGGAGCCUGCCGCUGCAGUUGAAAGGGGUUGAAAGGGGGAAAGGAGUGGCACGUAGAUAGACAUAGAAAAGACACACGUUUACGAUGUAAGAUUAAUCGCGCGUCACUUUUUAGGGGACGAAUAGAUGUACAUAGCUUACUCUUUUUUUUUUUUGGUACGAAAAGGACCCCCUACAAGUAAGUUCGCGAUACUCUCUCUCUCGCGCUAAGUGUCACGCUUAUAUAGUGGAUCUAAUUAAAUUUAACACAUCGGUGGACGAGAAACGUAAUCGACGCGUUAAUAAUCGCGGAGUAAAUAAAUAUACAUCGCGUAAUACAAUAGUCCGGGACGAUCUCGCGGACACAUCUUCUGGUGAACAGGUUCUAAACGUGUACAAAAUCAAAUUGUAAUUUGGUAGCUCGUAGUAAUCCUGUAAAACGGUACAGUAUUCCAGGUAGAAAGGUAUACAUAGCACUGUGUAUGUAAGCACGACUACAUGUUACUUCACACAGAUACACGUGCGUACACGCAUACAUACAUACAUGCAUAUAGACACCGUAACACCGAACUCGAGGUUGUAAAGAUGAGCCAUCUGUGUCGAUAAUUAAUUGUAACUUUGAGAGCAACCUAUGGAUAAUAACUGGUUCUAGAUCUUACUAAUACAUAUCCCAUCUAUAUGUAUAUAUUUGCAAUCGCAUGAAAAAUUAAUUGAUUAAUUAUUGAUAAUGUAAUUAUCAUUAUCCUUAUUAUUAGUGUUAUGAUUAUUUAUGGCCCGCGGCCGCGUUGCGAAAGCCUGAGGGCUGAAUAAGUAUGUUAAAUGGACGUUGCGUUUAAGGCGUUAGGUUAAUGCUCGUUAGUUAGAUAUUUAGGUAGUUAAUGCAGCGUAGGUACAUAUCGUUAAUAUUGUUAUUAAUUAAUGGUAUUGCGAAAGGAUAUUAAUACCGAUGCGCUUUGAUUUCUUUUGUACGCGAAGAAAGAGUUCCGUAAGUUAGUUUCUCCGAUCGAUCGAUUCUUUUCUCUCGUUAUAAAGCAAUCGAAUUUAUUUUACUCAUGAAUUUUCCAACUUUGUAAAUUUAUCGAUUGAAACAAAGAGAAAUCUCAUUUUCUCUCUUGACACUUUAAAUAAUUAUAAUCUGCAAAAUUGGCAACGUAUGUCUGACGGAUCUCUGAAAAAAAUAAAUGGCAAAAAGAUUCGUAUUGAUCCUAUGUGAUUAAUUUAAGUCGGAACGGAAUAGACGGAACAAAAAUGCAAUUAAUAGAACAGAAUUUUUAAGUUGCAUUCUUUCUGACGUGAUUAAUUUGCAUCGAAGCAAUUCAUCGAAUCAUAUAAUAUCAUUAUCUUUUAAAAUAUAAAUCUAUCUCGUAGAAACAGUGCGCUUGCAAAAUUAUCUGUUCUACAACAGUCUUCUAAUAGACCUAAUUUAUUUUAAUUGUUUGAUACAAUCUUAAAUUAUAUAUAAAUAUUGUAUUCAAGUUACGUAAAUUUUAUUUCUAUUAACGCAGCUCUACGAAUUGUGCAAUUUCCGUUUCAAAUCGGAUCCUCUCGGGCGCGCGAUAGAUCGUACAAAACAAGUCAAAGCGCAGUGUAGCCUUUCUAGCGAUCCCCAACGAACCCAAGUAUUACCGGUGACAUAUACCUGCUCCUACAUAUCAGGUUCUAGACAUCCCCGAGCACUACCAUGCGCCAUAUCAAUGUUUCUAAGUGUCCUCCCCUUCGGUGUGUCCCCUUCCACGUCUCCCUUCUCGCCUUUCUCGACGUCCCGAAUGAAAAUUAGAGGCACGCCGAUUAUCGAUCACUUUGUCCCUUACUCCCCGCUCCACCCUUCCCCUCGCGCCCACCAUCCUACACCCGUUUUAUCCAUUCUCGUCCAACUUUCCCACCUCGUUAUUGUACAUCGGAGCCGGAACGGUCUCUAAGCUCUGUCUUCCCAUCGCUGCGUGAAAAAAAGACAAAUUAGAUGUAAUAAGAUUUGUUGACUGUGUGUACACGUAUACACAUUAUUAUAACGCAUCGAUCAUGUGCAUCACCAGCAUACACAUCCACCCACUCGCACACGACACCAGUUUAUACCACGACGCGACGGGGAACACGAGACCCGCAGCCGCUGCGUCAGGAUAGUCCAACGCUGGAUCGCCAAUGCCGCGGGAUCGCAAUUCACGAUCGUUAGAUCGAUCGCGCGAUAAUGAUUGUUGAUAAAUUGUUUGUCGAUGAGCGUUCAGCGAACGACGCUUUUUUUUUUAUCACGUAACAAAAUCUUCAUUUUCAUACUGUUGCAAAGCCAAAAUUGUUUGCUUGAUCCUCGACAUUUUACUCGAGUUUACUUUCUUAGAUCACGUCGCGAAAGAUAGUCGAUGUUUUAUUUGAAAGAGUAUAUCUCCUCCUGCAUCGCGACGCUCGAGAUGCGAGCUUGUAGCGAUAUUUCAUGAAACAAUGGGUUUCAUUUUUCGUCAAAUUUUUUUUUUUUUAACGCGAUGAGCUUUUAAAAUUUUGACGCGUUUUACUUGAGCGAAAAAUGAUCGAGUGAUUUAUCGCUAGACAAGGCGGAUUUUAAUUUGCGAUCGUGAAUUGAAGAUUAAUAUUGCGUCACAUGUAGUAUCAGUUUUAUAACGCGUCGAAUUAUUCGACACCGUUCACGUUGAUCGAAUUUAACUCGCACAGGAGAUCAAGGCACGCUACCGUGAUUACCAAUUGAAUUUUAAAUCUCGCAGCUAACUCCUUUACUCAUUCGCCCCGCCGCCGAUUGACACGAGUCGCGGUGUGUCAUUGCAUCCGGGGACGCCAGAGAAAUUGGUACGGAUGCGAGAGACACUUAGAUCAAACAAGUUAGCAAACUCCUGUUCCGGAAAGCUUGCAUUUAAUUAAUUUAAUUAAGUCCGACACGGAAAGGCGAUCGUGAGAAGCAGCGGAGGUUCCGCCGAGCUGGGUGGAAAUUCGCGACGCGUCGGUCCUCUCGGAGCCAGAUUCGAUUUGGUUGCUCAUACAAGGAACAUGCCCGAUCGUCACACGGCGUUCAAUGUAUGGACCAUAAUUUCGAGCCUGGCCGUGUCAAUCAAGCAUUGACCGUCCAUAAUAGCCUGUCGUGCCGCAGCGCGCCGUAGAUAUCGUAAGCCACGUCGUGGAAAACGAUCUAUUCACACCAAAAGACACGUACACGCACGCGCUCGACGGUGAGAGGUACAAUGACGUGCAAUAAUGGUGCCCGAUGGACGUGCUCUUAUCACGUAUUUAAAUUUCUUUCACUUUCCAAAAGGUUGGUCUCGCAAUAUAAAAAGGUAUUGUGAGAACUACAUUUGAAUUUUCAACUUCAAAAGAUCUCUUCUACCGAUUGCUGUGUACAUACGCGUUCGGGAAUUUUCGAGUGAAAGAUGUGGUUUGAGUCCCCUGUAUAUCAACAUCACUUUACAAAAAAAAAUAAAAUAAAAAAGAAUUAAGAAUUUUUAAAAAAAUUACAAGACAUUCUGGAUGACUUGACUUUGAAAGCAAUGCGCAUAUAUUUUUCAUUGGAAAUAUUUUUAUUUUUAAGGGAAAAAGAAUCUGUUAACACGAAAAACGUGUAUUGCUGUAUAUUUUCCGACCGAAUCGUGAUUGAUUUAAAUUUUUAUCUGAUAUAUCGAGUAUCGAAAAAAGGCGAGAUAAAAGGAAGGAAAUUCGAAAACGUGGGAGAGCAUGACGCAUCAGGCAGCAUCUCGGCACAGGCUUGUACGCAGAUCGACGAGAGACACGUACACUCACACACGGACACGCGCCAAUAAUGUGGUUGCUCCUAAAAACGAAAACAAAAAAAAUAACGAUGUAAUGUGUAUAUUAAUACUUGUAUGUCGUACGCUCUAAUGUUGUUUGAAGAGUUAUUUGCGAGUCAAUUAUCUGUGCCUAGCAGCCCUGUGCACCCUAUCAAAUGUACCACCGUUCAGAUGAAAAAGAAAUACCGAAACGAAAGAGAAAACGAAAGUGAACGAAAGAGGGAGAAUGAAAAGCAAAGACGAAUUCAGGCAACACGGAAAGAGGAAGGAUAAUAAGAACAAAACAAAAUUACAGAAAAGAGAUGUGUAUAGUAUCGAGCAGAACACGACACGACACGUGUGUUUCUCACAAAUUGCACCCUGUAUACAUAGUUCGCACAAUGAUCUGUUCCUAUUUUGGAAUCAGUUUUUUCGAAUUUGCCAAGAAUGUAUAUCUACAGAUUCUAUAUGAGAAUAUAUAUAGAAAAAAAAAAACUGGACAUGAAAUAUAAAGUAUUGAAAUCUAGUUCUGGAAUUGUUAACCCUUUCGACCAAAGCGUGAUUUUCCGGGGGUGGGCCGAAAUGCGCGUCGACUCUGUCGCACCCCCGGAAAUCGAUCCCCCUUCGAACCAGGCAGCCUAAUAGAAGCUUUUGUUCUUUCACGCGAUCAGAUAGCGUGGAUGUACGAUAUCUGCUCAUGUUUUGUGCAUCGAGAAAUAGAAAUAGCUCCAUUAGAGAGAAGGUUACUUUUGUGGGAGAGAGAGAGGGAGAGAAUGAGAGCGGAAACGCGUACGUGAAAUACGCACGUGAGGGUGACAAACGUUUGGCUAAAAGAUCCGAUAGAGGCACGAAUCGGGUUGAAAUUAAUCAUUAUCUUUAUAUUUGAAACUAUAAACGUAUGCACACAUACAUCACACGUGCGUUAUUAUAUUUUUCAUUACUUUUAAUUAAUAUGACAUUUUUCUUUUUCAAAAUAAUUGAAACUAGACGUUUAUUUUGAGAAGUUUACAAAAUAUUGAACUCAAUUUAAGUUCUAUUAUUAAAGUUCGAAAGGUUGGUAAAUUAUUUUAUUAAUUUUUAAUAAGAAUUACUGUCCCACCAAGUCGAACAUUUGAUAGCUUCGAUUCAGUUUUAAUUUUAAUCCGAUUUUUACCCUCUGCACGCGCCGUUUUACGAGAGAGCAUCUCACCUUCACGUGACGAAUCUCGAGAAAGUGAAUAGAAAAAAAAUGGCCGAACGGAAUUAAUAUUUAAAAAAAAGUAUAGGCGGCAAAGAGGUAUGUUAACGCGGAAAAAAAACCACGCGCUUUCUCUCUGGCGCUCGCUGCCGGCGGGAAGCGAUAAGAAAAAGAAUUUAAGAGAGGGAAAGACCGAAACGACAUUCAAAAUCGCAUGUACACGAGCUUUGCGACUCUGAACUCUGCUCGCAACAGAAAUUAUAGAUAUAGAUAUAUACACAUAUUAUACCGUCACACACUGAACACAACAGCACAGCCACAACCACCACCACCACCACCACUACGACUACCACUACCACUACCACUACCACUACCACUACCACACCCACGCACAUCCAUAUAUAAAUAUAUAUAUUUAUACAUAUACAUCUAUAUAUUAUAUAAACUUAUAUUACAUCUCUACGAAUACGAGAGGGUACUCUUCUCACUCACUCUUAUGUAACUAUCACACCGGUGUACACGCUGUAGGAGUAUAUGUGGGACGCCUGUAUGUGUGUCUAGAACUAUCAUCUGCUUCACAAAUUCUCUGUUCGCGAGGAACACACACUUGACGAUCACGCCGCUUCUCGUCGUAUCGCGGAUUUACGUCAUCGCCCGUGUAAUUAUCGCGUCCGUUUGUCCCAUUGACGAGCCGAUGCGCUUUCAUCCUCUGAUAAUGCACUUGUGCGAAUUUCAGAACAAUAAUUUGCAAACUUGUCGAGCCACGGCGUAAUUGUUUGACGACAAAGCUGUUUGCCAGUUUGUUUCGAUACAAUUCAGCAUGAUAAUUAAGACCUUUAGUGUUAAACUUUGCAUUAAACAGCGCUAAAUAUGCAUGAAGAACACGCAUUAAAGUCUCUAGAAGCACUUAAGAUCUCGGCGCACUUAGCGGGAUUCAUCCAGGUUUUUAUUAAUUUAAACUUUUAUUAGAUCGACGUGAUUUGCAAUAAGCGCAGCGCAGGAUGAAAAGCGAAUUUUCCUCAGGCAGUUUCUGAAACGUUGCACGGGAAUCGCAACGGAGAUGCAUUUUCGAGCGGUCGAUAGAGGCGAAGCAGCGAGCGUGAAUCGGUAACAUUAAUCCCAGAAGUAUCGAGCUUUCUUUACGGACAUUGCGCUACUAGAUUCUUUUUGUUUUCUUUUAUCUUUCGAUAGUGAUUGCUGUGAUGAGAUAUUUCCCUUCUGGAAACCUCGAGGUUUGCGGUCUGCACGUGUUUGCAUCUGUAAGAAUUAAUAUCGAAGCAUUUCGAGCAGUAACGACGUCGGAAGCUGCGACGAAACUUUCCUCGCGGUUCUCGCACGAACUUGCUACUUCUGGGAUUGAAGGCGACAAAUUUACAGGGGAUAGGUCACGGUUAGGGGAAAGAAAUAUAAGAGGGAGGAAAGAGUAAUAAAGAUGAUAAAAAGAAACGAUAUACACACUCAUCGAGCGCCGCUAGUAAAAGACAUGGUAGGCUAUUAUUAUCGCUAAAUAGUCGCUAGCCGAUAUAGUGAUGUAGUUUAUUCUUUAGAGUUAUUUUAAGUUCUUAAUUAUAUAUACGAGAGGAAAGGGAAGAAGUGGUUAUACUAUAAACCGACUACUAUCGUAUCACAUUACACACUGUAACACGUCGAUUAUAAUGACAAGAAUAUUUACCUGUGCAUAUUGACAUAUUAUGGAGUCACAUCAUUAAAACAUAUACUACUCAAUAUAUAUAUAUAUAUAUCCAG